CCUUUCCAUAAAUAGCACCUGAAUAACCAGGCAGAGCCCUCAAUUUCCUGCUACCAUCACCACUCUAAACCGCGUUCCAGCAUCCAGAAUGGCCUUCAGUGGCACCUGGCAGGUCUAUGCUCAGGAGAACUAUGAAGAGUUUCUGAAGGCUCUUGCACUGCCAGAUGACCUUAUCAAAAUGGCCAAAGAUAUUAAGCCUGUUGUUGAAAUACAACAAAAAGGAAAUGACUUUGUUGUGACAUCAAAAACCCCCAAGCAAUCUGUAACCAACUCAUUUACACUUGGAAAAGAGGCUGACAUCACUACUAUGGAUGGCAGAAAGCUAAAGUGUACUGUGAACAUGGUAAACGGGAAGCUUGUGUGCAAAUCAGAGAAGUUCUCUCAUGAGCAAGAAGUUAAAGGAAACGAAAUGGUGGAGACUAUGACUUUUGGCGGAGUAACACUUGUCAGAAGAAGCAAGAGAGUUUAAACACAGAUCACCUUCUUUGUGACAUCUUUACGUAUCUAGAAUAAAGUGCCAUUUCCAAAAGGUGUGAUCUUUGUUAUCUGAAAAAAUAGUAGAGAAAGUAGUUAUGAUUUCUACUCUCCUUUCACAUACACAUCACUUCCCAUUAUUAUAAGACUGUGCUUUCCCUGAGUAGACUUACAGAUCCCUUCUAUAGUCCAAGUGACAGAAAUCUACCUCCCAGACAACCAAACCUGGACAUUAACUGGAACGUUAUGAUUUAUCAUAAUAAUCUUUGGGAGCAGACAAAAGCUGAUAUAAAUGCUUCUUCAUUUCUUACAUACUCAGUGAACAUAUUCAGCUUUAAUUCCUUUGCCUAAUAAAGUUUGGUCUUCUACUUAAAAUCCUUUCUCUGUAACCUAGCCAGCAAAGAACGAUUAGACAUUUACUUAGCGACUCUGCACCACGUGUCUGUAACAGGAAUAGACACAGUAAUAUUUUAAAAGCUAUGAAGUAUUUAACAGUCAUAAAGUAAUAACAGGAACAACUGCUCUUAAAAUGAAGUACACAAGAGUACAAUUAAACAAAAAUGAGGCACUACAAGAGCAGAGGGAAUUAAACAUGCUUCCAAUCUGCAACAUAUUCCCGAUAUUUGCUUGUCACUGUUCGAGUUUGUGAAGCUCAAGUACAAAUAAACCAUUUAUGUUCA